GUUGCACGUUUUCAGCAUAUACCUAAUGGUGAAAAUGAGACAAUGAUUCCUGUAUUGACUUCAAAAAAAGCAAGUGAACUACCAGUCAAUGAGGUUGCAAGUAUUCUUCAAGCUGAUCUUCAGAAUGGGCUAAAAAAAUGUGAAGUUUGUCACAGGCGAGCAUUCCAUGGAUGGAAUGAGUUUGAUAUCAGUGAAGAUGAACCAUUAUGGAAAAAAUAUAUUUCCCAGUUUAAAAACCCCCUUAUUAUGCUGCUUCUGGCUUCUGCAGUCAUCAGUGUUUUAAUGCAUCAGUUUGAUGAUGCCGUCAGUAUCACUGUGGCAAUACUUAUUGUUGUUACUGUUGCCUUUGUUCAGGAGUAUCGCUCAGAAAAAUCUCUUGAAGAGCUGAGUAAACUUGUACCACCAGAAUGUCACUGUGUGCGUGAGGGGAGGCUGGAGCAUACGCUUGCACGGGACUUGGUUCCCGGAGAUACAGUAUGUCUGUCAGUGGGUGACAGAGUUCCUGCUGACUUACGCCUAUUCGAGGCAGUGGAUCUUUCUAUUGAUGAAUCCAGUCUGACAGGGGAGACAACUCCUUGCUCCAAACUGACAACACCUCAACCAGCUGCGACUAAUGGAGAUCUCACUUCAAGAAGCAAUAUUGCUUUCAUGGGAACAUUGGUUAGAUGUGGGAAAGCAAAGGGCAUUGUUAUUGGAACAGGAGAGAACUCGGAAUUUGGAGAAGUUUUUAAAAUGAUGCAAGCAGAAGAAGCUCCAAAGACACCUUUGCAGAAGAGCAUGGAUCUUUUAGGAAAACAGCUUUCCUUUUACUCUUUUGGAAUAAUAGGGAUAAUUAUGCUGGUUGGCUGGCUACAAGGAAAGCAUAUCUUGGAUAUGUUUACGAUCGGUGUAAGUUUGGCUGUAGCUGCAAUUCCUGAAGGGCUUCCAAUUGUGGUAACAGUGACUCUGGCACUUGGUGUGAUGAGAAUGGUAAAGAAAAGGGCUAUUGUGAAAAAACUGCCUAUUGUUGAAACUCUAGGUUGCUGCAAUGUAAUUUGCUCUGAUAAAACUGGUACUUUGACCAAAAAUGAGAUGACUGUUACUCACAUCUUUACAUCGGAUGGACUUCGUGCUGAGGUUACUGGAGUAGGCUACAAUCAGUUUGGGGAAGUGACUGUUGACGGAGAUGUUGUUCAUGGUUUCUACAACCCAGCUGUUAGUAGAAUUGUUGAGGCGGGCUGCGUGUGCAAUGAUGCUGUAAUUAGAAACAGCACAUUAAUGGGGAAGCCAACAGAAGGAGCCCUAAUUGCUCUUGCUAUGAAGAUGGGUCUCGAUGGAAUUCAGCAGGAUUAUAUAAGAAAAGCAGAAUAUCCCUUUAGCUCAGAGCAAAAAUGGAUGGCUGUGAAGUGCGUACAUAGAACACAACAGGACAAACCAGAAAUUUGUUUCAUGAAGGGUGCUUACGAACACGUGAUUAGAUACUGUACCACCUACAGCAGCAAAGGCCAGACCUUGGCACUUACUCAACAGCAGAGAGAUAUGUAUCAGCAAGAGAAGGUCGGCAUGGGCUCUGCGGGACUUAGAGUUCUUGCUUUGGCUUCUGGACCCGAACUUGGACAGCUGACCUUUCUGGGCCUGGUGGGAAUCAUUGAUCCUCCAAGAACUGGUGUGAAAGAAGCUGUAACUACAUUGAUUGCCUCAGGAGUGUCAAUAAAAAUGAUUACUGGAGAUUCACAAGAGACCGCAGUUGCCAUUGCCAGUCGCCUGGGGUUGUAUUCCAAAAAUUCCCAGUCAGUCUCAGGAGAAGAAGUCGAUUCAAUGGAUGUUCAGCAGCUUUCACAAAUAGCACCAAAGGUCGCGGUUUUUUAUAGAGCCAGCCCAAGGCAUAAAUUGAAGAUUAUCAAGUCUCUACAAAAUAAUGGUUCAGUUGUAGCUAUGACAGGAGAUGGAGUGAAUGAUGCUGUUGCACUGAAGGCUGCAGAUAUUGGAGUAGCAAUGGGACAGACUGGGACAGAUGUUUGUAAGGAGGCAGCUGAUAUGAUCCUCGUGGAUGAUGAUUUUCAAACAAUAAUGUCAGCAAUUGAAGAAGGUAAAGGGAUUUAUAAUAACAUCAAAAACUUCGUUAGAUUCCAACUGAGCACGAGUAUAGCUGCAUUGACUUUAAUCUCACUGGCAACAUUAAUGAAUUUUCCUAAUCCUCUGAAUGCCAUGCAGAUUUUAUGGAUAAAUAUUAUCAUGGACGGACCUCCAGCUCAGAGCCUUGGAGUAGAACCUGUGGAUAAAGAUGUCAUUCGGAAACCUCCACGGAACUGGAAAGACAGCAUUUUGACCAAAAACUUAAUUAUUAAAAUAUUGGUUUCGUCAGUAAUCAUUGUAUGUGGAACUUUGUUUGUCUUCUGGCGAGAGUUACGGGACAAUGUGAUAACACCUCGAGAUACAACAAUGACCUUCACCUGCUUUGUAUUUUUUGACAUGUUUAAUGCCCUGAGUUCCAGAUCACAGACUAAGUCGGUGUUCGAGAUUGGACUCUGCAGUAACAAAAUGUUUUGUUAUGCGGUUCUGGGAUCCAUCAUGGGACAGUUACUGGUGAUUUACUUCCCUCCACUUCAGAAGGUUUUUCAGACUGAGAGCCUGAGCAUUCUAGAUUUGCUGUUUCUCCUGGGCCUCACAUCCUCAGUCUGCAUAGUGGCCGAAGUUAUAAAGAAGGUUGAGAGGAGCAGGGAAAAGAUCCAGAAGCAUGGCAGCUCAUCAUCUUUUCUGGAUGUAUGAUGCAUAUUGCAUUCUUUAUUUUGCAAACCAGGCAUUGCAGUCUGAGGAUGGGAUGGAGGGGGCAAAAUUCAGAGGAUAAAGGAAGCUCUGAGGGCCAUUGGAUGUCUUCGUAUUUCAGUAGCUAAAUGAGAACCUCCGCGUAAAGGCAGUGGAAGAACUGAAACUUUAUCCUGCUGGGAGUCACAGAUGAAAGUACGCAACUCUGAUAGCAUUUUCCUGGGAAGAAUUGGCUUUUGCAAUUCAGUGGAACUUUAUGGUGGGUAAAAACUUAACUGAAAAACAACAACGAAAUGAAGAAACUUGUCACAGCCCAGUCUGUUUUCUGCACUUAAGAGGUCUAACUGUAUAAAUACAGUAUCUAUCUUAUACUGAUAUAAAUAUUUUAGUUGGUUUUUAUUUUUAAAUAUUCUGUUACUUUAUGGUGGUGGGGCUUUGUUACUAAUACAGAAAAUAAUCAUUUCAAAGGCAUUCCAUUUGGUUUAGAAAUGAUCACAAGAGUGCCAGACUUCUGCUUUACCCUGCAAUGUAAAACAGCUCAAGUACCGUGCUACCAUUUUUGUACCCUAAGUUCUUUGCACAGGAUGUGACCACUGUCGGAUCAAUGUUUUCUUUUCUUUCUUUUUGUGAUUGAAAAGCCUAUUGCUGCAAUUUGAAGUAAAUGUUUGCUUUUCUUAGUAA